GAGCGUCGUUUGCGAAACAUCCACCGUUCGAGGACGCCGAAGGACUAUAUAAAAGCUUCUCACGCUACGGUACAUCGCGAACAGUGCUGUGCAUCAAUUUCCCUGUGAACUCUUGCUCUGUGUUCCCACGUCUCACCUGUCUACCGCUGGUGGUAGUCGUGCCACCCAGUUUCGCGAUAUUCCGAGAAGUGCGACGAAUACUCGAACUCGAGACUCGUUGAAAGAAUGGUGAAUAUGGAGGGAUCGAGCGAGCAGCAAACGGUGACAGCGUCGCCGCCGCCGAGAGCUGCGCUCAAGAGCAGCUUCAGCAUCCGCAGUAUCCUACCAGAAGCCUGUGCAGGGACCCCGGCCCCAGCCGUUAGCAGAUCCGCGUCCCCUGAGAUCAGUCACGUCGACGACAGCGAGGACUCUAGCGAUCUAGACGUAACAGGCGACGGAGGCACGGAGACGCCACCCUUGGACUGCUCGCGCAACGCAGCCAACUCUGUAAACGCCAAUGAGCAGAAGGAUCCCAAGGAUCGUCAGCCUGAUGACAAGAAAAAGUGCGAAAAGCCACCCUACAGCUACAACGCUCUGAUCAUGAUGGCCAUCCGUCAGAGUCCCGAAAAGAGACUGACUCUGAACGGCAUCUACGAGUACAUAAUGCGCCACUUUCCCUAUUACGAGAACAACAAGCAAGGCUGGCAAAACUCCAUCAGGCACAAUCUGUCUCUGAACAAGUGCUUCGUGAAAGUCCCUCGUCACUACGACGACCCGGGCAAAGGGAACUACUGGAUGCUGGACCCCAGUUCCGAAGACGUGUUCAUCGGUGGGACCACCGGGAAGCUUCGUAGGAGGACCACAGCGGCGUCCAGGUCGCGGCUAGCCGCGUUCAAGAGAAGCGUCGUGCUAGGCGGAUUGUAUCCCUCGGCGUACGCGCCACCAGGUUGGCCCGCGUCUCUGUACACGCUGCCAUACCUGCACAGAGCCGCCGGGUAUCCGCCAGCCACCGGUGCCUACACCACUCCUGCAGGCUACCCAGCUAGCUUGCUACCCGGCGCGGCGACCAGCUCCGCCAGCAGCUUACCCUGCAAGCCUCAGCCUCUGCCAGCCACGGCUGCGCCCCCGCAACACGGCCCGUUCUCCAUGGAGAGGCUGCUGCAGCCUCCAACGGCCGCUGGCUACCCCAGUGGCAUCGCCGCGUCAGGAAUCCCGGUGUCGGGCAGUCCCUACGACUUCUACUCCACGUUGAGGUCUCUGGCGGCGCACCAGCAGCAUCAGAGUACCGCGGUGUUCGCUCACAACCAGCAACCUGCCAGGUACCACGUGAACCAGCCCUCGCUGCUGGGCCAACCGACGUCGGCCACCGCGUCGCCCGGCAGCAGUCCCGAGCCCAUGUCUCCUCAUUCGCCACCGGUUACCAUCUGCAAUUCCGUGGCCGUGCAGCAGCCCAGGUCUCUGGCCCACAGUCCGCCCCAGUUGCUGCUCAAGCCCAUCACCGUGCUGACCGGCAGGCAAAGCUGAACAACGAGCUCGUUGGUCUAGGUUCAGCCGCGGUUGCACUGUCGCUCCUGGAGCGGUUAGAGUUCACGAGGCAGCCCAGGACUCCGCUCUAUGCAGCUCGCCUCACCUUGUCGCAAGCUCUCCCUCUCGUCCCAGUUAAUGCGUACGCGGUGAUAUUGUAUGUACUUUUUUUCUUCCCUAUAUUUCGCGCGAUCCGAGUUGUACAUAUGGAUUAGGUCCGCGGGCCUCGGGCCCGAUCGACGAUGCACGAGGCCCGCGGAGCGGCGAGCAGUGUCCUGCCGCGAUAUGUGAUCUUUAAAUUGUAGAAGAGUAAUAUAAUGUCGUUGUAAAUAAGCAAAGAUUCGCGUAGAUGAUCUCUCUGGCCGCCGAUCCGUGGCACCACGGGGCUCUAGGUCCAUGUUCACACCGUU